CAGACAGACACAGACAGAGACCGAGAGAGCGCGCGCAAGAGAAGGAGGUUGAAUUGAAUGCUUGGAUAGAGAGAGCGAGAGAGAGUUGAAUGCGCGGAGGGAAACGGACACUGAGCGGUCGGAGGAGACCUGGUACCGGCCGGUUGAAGGAACACGACCCGGGCUGCGGUGGGGUGUGAGACGUGUGAGGGGUGUCCCGACAAGUGUCUUAACGUCCGUUCCACACACCGGCUUCAGGGAUGUAGUCGACGCGGGAGGAGCUCUGCCCACCCGAGCUCUCCAUCGGCAUGAAGAAACACUCGGCCAGGGUCGCCCCGCUCUCCGCUUGCAACAGCCCGGUCCUCACCCUCACCAAGGUAGAAGGUGAAGACCGCCCCAGGGACACCGUGGUGGGCGCCCCCGUCGACGGACAGGCGGCCGUUGCCGUGGCGGCGGGGGCGGAGCCGAGCGCCAGCAGCCGGCGGCGGCGGCUGCCGCGAUGCUGCGUGCGCGUCACCGCCGCUCAGCUGCAGAAGGCCCUGUGGGGCGUGGUCAUGGUGAUGUGCGUGUGCUCGUCAUGGGCGGGCUCCACCCAGCUGGCCAAGCUGACCUUCAGGCACUUCGACGCGCCCUUCACCCUCACCUGGUUCGCCACCAGCUGGAACUGCCUCUUCUUCCCGCUGUACUACAUCGGACACGUGGUCAAGAGCCCCGAGAGGCAGACGCCCCGGCAGAGGUUCAGGGAGUGCUGCCGGUUCUUCGGGGACGACGGGCUGACGCCCAAGGUGUUCUUCACCAAGGUGGCGCCGUUCGGUCUGCUGUGGAUCCUCACCAACUACCUGUACCUGCAGGCCCUGAGGAAGAUCAACACCACCGACGCCUCGGCACUCUUCUGCUGCAACAAGGCCUUCGUCUUCCUGCUGUCCUGGAUCGUCCUGCGGGACCGCUUCAUGGGAGUCAGGAUCGUGGCAGCCAUCUUGGCGAUCGCGGGCAUCGUGAUGAUGACGUACGCGGACGGCUUCCACAGCCACUCAGUCAUCGGCAUCACGUUGGUGGUGACCUCAGCCUCCAUGUCAGCACUCUACAAGGUGCUGUUUAAAAUGGUCCUGGGCAGCGCCAAGUUCGGAGAGGCGGCGCUGUUCCUGACGGUGGUGGGCGGGGCCAACUUCGUGUUCAUCAGCUUCGUGCCGGUCAUCCUGUACUUCACGCACGUGGAGUACUUUGCCUCGCUGGGCGACAUCCCCUGGGCCUACCUGUGUGGCGUCGCAGGCCUGCUGUUCGCGUUCAACAUCCUGGUGAACUUUGGCAUCGCGGUCACAUAUCCAACACUAAUCUCACUGGGAAUCGUGCUCAGUGUCCCAGUGAACGCCUUGGUGGACCUGUACACGUGCGAGAUCCACUUCAACACGGUGCGCCUCAUCGCCGUCUUCAUCAUCUGCCUGGGCUUCCUCAUGCUGCUGCUCCCCGAGGACUGGGACAAGUGCAUCAUCCAGCUCAGCACCAGGCUGCGCAAACGCGACGAGCCAGCGGAGGGCAGCGGAGAGCCGGGCGCCGCCACCGGCCUCAACUGGAACCGCAGAGGAAGGACCUCCAUGUCCACGUUUGCACAUUGACUCGAUUUGAAGGAUGCUCUGAGGGUGUCCACCCGCGGUGAAACACGCACGCACACGGACACACACGCACGCACACGUCACGCACACACGCACACGCACACACACGCACGCACACACACGCGCGCACACGCAUACACAGGAUGGGAUGUUCAGAGCAGCCGGCCUCCCUCCCUCCUGGAGGAGCCUCUGUCCCAGAGGUUCAGAGGUUCAGCCUCUGUACUGGUGAUUGCCGCGACCACACUGCACGGUUGUGGUUUUUAUGGGCAUGGUGCCCAGCCCUCACCUUUGAAACCGCUAACCUUGAUGGAAUAACAAACAGCCUAAACUAUUUGGUCUAGAGCGCACCUUCGUCAGUAAUAUUGAGGAGGUACUUGCCUGGAAAUGAAGUAAGGAGCACAGAAGAUUUAUCACUUUGUUUUUGUAAAACCUAAGUAUCCGUUUUCAGAGCUGUUCAAAAUGAAAGCAUUGACUCAGAUAUGAAAUACAUAUCUGAUUUGAUAAUUUACUUUUAUUUUUCAAUACUUCUCAAUCAUUCCAUUCAACUAGAUACCUGCAUAAAUCAUUAAUUUCGCUUUUCCAUCAACACAUAAUUUAUUAACAUCUAUAUCAGAAUUCAAGGCCGGCACAAAUAAUGCUGACAUCGAUUUUUUUAAAAUAACGCAUAGCUGUGACCCUGAAGAUCCAAAGAAGAAGAAGAAGAAGAAGAAAAGCCUCGAUAAACAAAAUGCCCACGUAACAAACAGAGACUUUGAGUUUGCAUCUCUCAGGGGUCAACUCAAUGGUGAACGGCUGCACUCAUUGGUCGAUACGUCAAUGAAUUCACACGCUUUGGAUAUUCUUGGUGAACAAGGCCAACAUCCGGACAUCUCGAGUAUCCACCUCGCUGAUCGGUCGCCAGUGAUUGGAGGUGACCCCAAAGCAGUGGACCCUUUAUAACCAAAGGUGUCCCAGCGAGGGAAACUUAGCUAUCACAUGAACCAAGGUUUCAUUUCAGAGUUUCUCAGAGUUACUAUGGACAAACGUAACCUAAACAGUGUACAUGUUGGUGACUAGAAAAGGCAUGAAUACGACUGAAACAAUACUAUUGUAAGCUCCGAUGCACCUGUGUUUACCUGUACACACCAAUGUGUAAGAAAUGUCCCGUUCAACUUUACCAGGGUCUAAAUAGGGUGAAUGACAUGGUCUGUUGCUUGGUACACGUUGCAGGUAAUGCAUGGCAUAACUAACAUCUGGUAUCUUUGUUUGCAGAUCAUUGAAAGGCCCCACUUUGAUAAUUUGAGCUAACCCAUAAACAAAUGACCAUUCAGUAACUUACAUUACUUAAUACUUACACUAUGAAUGGGACAUUAGACUCUAUUCCAAUGGUGGACUAAGGCCUGAAAGUAUUUACAUUUUUUAAGAAACACUAUAGUUCAAGAUGUUACACACUAUGUAAAUGUAUGUAAAUUUAAGAUUUUUACCCUCAACGCCAAAAAAUGAUUUGUUAGAGUUUGGAAACAAAAAGGCAGAAUACAGUGUGUGCAUCCAAAUUCAAAACGAUUUGAAAUUGCCCAUCAGAAUUCAGCUUAGUCACUUCUAUACUUCCCUAGUAUACAGAAUAUACAAGUAUACUAUCACUAGAAUAUAAAUAAGUAUUUUUGUUGAAACCUAAAACAGAACUGCAGCAAAGAAAUUAUAAUUAGUAGAAGAUUAUUCAUUGCGUUUUGCAGAGAGGCGUGGACGAUUGUAUGCAAAUGGCGGUUAAUUGUCAGGCUUUGCGGGACACGAAUAGAAAAGACACAUUUUUAUUAUUAUUCAUAUUUCUGGGGCAGGGUAAAUCAUUUCGAAACACACUGUACGAGAGUAACGGAGGCACUGUAAAGCAUACAGGAAGGUUGUUUACUGGGUUAGGAGAACAUUUUGCCUUGCUCUAUGUGAAUGUAUGAACUGCUCUUGACUUUCCUCACUACAUGCUAUUUUAGUUUUUAUACCGGCGCCAUACAAAUGCUGCAAACAGACUUUUUAAUACUACGCUUCUGACACGCAUCUGAGAAGGAACUUUCUAAAGAGAGAAAUACUUGGUAUUUUUGCCGGCUAAUUUGGGGGAACACUGAUGUGUGUGUGUGUGUGUGUGUGUGUGUGUGUGUAUGUGUGUGUGUUAGGGGCUGGGUGGGAAGACAGGCAUGCAGACAUAGGCAGAUACAUCGCAACGCAAACGUACAUUACAAGUUCGCUUCACUGCCUUUUUCUCAUGUUUAUUGUGCAAUAUAAAAAGUAAGCACUGUACCCAUUGUCAUUUUGUAUGACAAUAAAUAAUUAUAUUGUAUUCCUCUGGAAUUAUUGCUAAAGAUAAAUGUAAACCUUUGUAAGGAAUGUUUUUUUCUACACCAAAAAGCAGGGGACGAUUAUCAUGUUUCAGAAAGAAAUAUUUAAGAGUGUGAUAAAGAUGGCAAAGUUUAUUGGGUCUACUGUUAUUUCUCUUUGAGUGUAAUGACAUGUGCUGUAUAAAAAUAUUUCUUUUCAAUA